AUGAAUGCAUCGACGAGGAAAAAGGUUCAGAGAAAGUGCAAAAUCAGAGGCUACAACCUCAAAGUUGAUGCUCUCGACGAGAUCCUAUCCUUCGUCACUCGCUUCGAAGGCCCCGACGAAGACGAAGCCAUCGAUCUCCUCCUCGAUCAGAUCGAACACGAAUCUCGUAAAAUUGCAGUGAAAUCUACCAUAAUCGACAAGGAGCCAGUGCACCGCGUGGUGAGCCUGCUAUUGGAAGCUGAGGCUGCGGUGGAGGAAACUUCGGAUGCCUUUGCUGCCGCUUCGGCCAUUCGCGUUGUCGACGCGUUCCUGAUCCCCAAGUUUAAAUACGAUCCUAUCAGAAAACUGUUCUAUGAGCAUACAGGCAGCUUACCUAUUCAUGGAGAAGCAUCAGCAAAAGCAGCUCUGUACAGGGAUAGGUUUCUAUUCUUGUCCCAGAGGCUCUCUCGUGACCAACAUUUUUCGAAGCCAGCUUUUGAAUCUGAAUUUUCUCAUUUUGGGAGCUGUGAGAUAUCUCCUAUUCAAUCUCUGGUUGGACAAACAGGUAGAAGAUGGGUAAUGGGAGUAAUAUCUCAGCUGGAGGAUGGCCAUUUCUAUUUGGAAGACCUUACCGCUUCAAACACCAUAGUUGUGGCCGAAGGGGAGAUGCUUGUGGAGGGUAUUUUUCAGGUCUUAACAUGUGGAUUUCCUCCAUUGGAGGAAAGAGAUAAAUCACUUAAACUACUUGCAGGGCAUGACUUUUUUGGUGGUGGUACUUUUACCAAAGAGGAAACCAUCAGACUGGCAGAGAUGGAGAAAAGAGCAGUCAAUGACAUGUUUGUGAUACUUUCUGAUAUUUGGCUUGACAAUGAAGAGGCUUUGGGAAAGCUAGAGACUGUUCUGGAUGGUUUUGAGAGUGUGGAAGUGGUUCCUUCCUUAUUUGUUUUCAUGGGGAACUUCUCUUCUAGGCCAUGUAACCUCUCAUUUCAUUCUUAUUCCAGCCUCAGGAUGCAGUUUGGUAAGCUAGGGCAAAUGAUUGCUGCCCAUCCACGGCUAAAAGAGCACAGUCGAUUUCUGUUUAUUCCAGGUCCUGAUGAUGCAGGUCCUUCAACAGUUCUUCCUAGGUGUGCUCUACCAAAAUAUUUAACCGAGGAACUCCAAAAGCACAUUCCUGAUGCCAUAUUUUCAAGCAACCCGUGCAGGAUCAAAUUCUAUACCCAAGAAAUUGUAUUUUUCCGCCAGGAUAUGCUGUAUAGAAUGCGUCGCUCUUGUUUGAUGCCUCCUUCUAAGGAAGAGACUGAUGAUCAUUUUCAGCAUCUUGUUGCUACCAUAACCCAUCAGAGUCAUCUCUGUCCACUUCCUCUAACUGUACAACCCAUCAUCUGGAAUUAUGACCAUUGCCUAUAUCUUUAUCCAACUCCACAUACGAUAGUCUUGGGUGACAGAAGUCAGCAGAAGGCAUUCAAGUACACAGGAAUCACUUGUUUUAAUACUGGUUCCUUCUCAAUUGACAGCACAUUUGUGGCGUACCGUCCUUGCUCUCAGGAAGUUGAAUUGUCAGCCUUGUAAACUGAGGAUAAUUUCUGUUGAAUUGACAUCCUCUAACCAUGAGCAUCUCAGAUAUGCUGGUUCUCACUAUUCUUUUAUCAGAUAUACAGCGAUAAAAUGGAGCUGGACAUCUGCUAUUGCUGCCUUACCCUCUCGGGAGGAUCGAAAUCAUAGCUGUUGUUGUAUAGUAGGAAUCUGAUAAUGUAGUUGA